GGGAAAGUAGUCAUCAAAAUGAGAGACGAAGAGAUGGAUAGACAGCCACUGAAAGCCAUUAAACCGGCCGUCGAUAUGAUGGUUACGGUUAAGACGUAUUUCCAUCCAAACAAAGUCUAUAUAAUAACCGGUGGGUUGGGUGGUAUGGGCCGGGAGAUGAUACCAUGGAUGCAAAAUUUAGGAGCCAGAAAGUUUAUAGUCACCUCUCGCACGAGUAUCAAAAACAAUUACAUCAAGUUUUUAGUCAACCGUUUCCGAAACGACAAACACUAUGCGUCUGAAUGGUUGGUGUCGACCGCCGAUUGUAUAACAACUGAAGGCACACAACAACUCCUAAAAGAGGCCCAAAAGUUGGGACCCAUUGGAGGGGUUUUUCAUUUGGCUGUCAACCUAUCCGACGGUUUCGUAGCGAACCAUACGAUCGAUACGUUUGGCGUAACGAUUGACGUGAAGGCAAAGAUUUUGGUGAAUUUGGAUCAACUGAGUCGUCAAUUGACCUACAAUUUGGACUAUUUUGUCGCAUUCACGUCGAUUGGCACCGGAAAGGGUAGCGCCUCAUUGACCAACUAUGGAUACGGGAACUCCAUGUGUGAGCGUAUUUGCGAGGCAAGGCGUCGUGAUGGCCUACACGGCCUGGCCGUACAGUUAGGACCCAUCGCUGGCGUAGGCAUGGUUGAGUACCUUGAGCACCGGGAUGAAAUAUAUCGCGUUACAGCUCUAAAACAAGUGAACGUUCAUUCGUAUUGCGAACUGUUGGACACAUUGUUGGCUAUUAAUACACCCGUUGUUACAGGAUUUGGUUAUCAAGAUACUCAAAUUGCCACCCAUGGCACCAGACAAUCGCGCAUGAUUGAAGAUUUAUGGCACCAAUUAGGCAUCGACCCUGAUGAUACACCAAGCAACGUUACAAUUGGUGAUAUAGGGGUCGAGUCGUUAUUUGCCGUAGAAAUACAGCACGAGUUUGAGCGGCAAUGGCGUGUCCAGGCUAGUUUAUAUCACGUUCGGACCAUCAACAUCGGCAUGCUAAAGGAGUUUGGACACGGUGACUAUCUACCGUUAAAAAAUCACCUAGAAGCCAUGAUAUCAUUAUCACACGCACUGUCCAAUCAGGUGUUUAUCAUAGCUAGUGACGAAUGUAUCAAGCUAAAUAAUAUAACCACCGGGCGACCUAUUUAUAUCAUGCCGACAUUAACGACCAACUUUUCGACGUUCGCCGAUUGGGCCCAAAAACACGAUCGUCCUGUAAUCGGACUGAACUGGACCCGCGAUUUAAACAAACUGAGCUCGCUCACCGAAGUGAAUGAACACUUUGAGCAAUUGUUACGUCGCCUGGAGCCUAAUGGCGCGUUCGACGUGGUCGGCCAUUUUGACUCCGGGCCACUUUGCGUGAGUUUGGCGCGCGCCGAGUGGGCCACAGUUAACGCGGUAAUUGUCGACGCGUUUGACGAGCUUAAACUCGGCGAUGAUAAUGACCAGGCUCGUUUGUCGCCGGACGUUGUGAUUAAGGUGGCCGUCGCCGAGUUUCCGGAGGCUGUCCGGGCGACAGUCGUACGCGAUAUUAAUAAUGAGCCAGAUCUAAAUAGGAAAAUAGGUGUAAUCGUAAAGGAGAUGUUGGAUAUCGCGGGAAAGGUGUUGCCGAUCAAUGAUAUAAAAGAGAUUUUUCAGAUUAUGUACGCGCGGAUACUUAUAUUGUCCGAGUUUACCAUGGAUAAACGUACCAAGGUGACCAUGGAGCAAAAAUUGUCGUUGAACAUGACGGGCAAGUUGACUAUCGUUAAGCCGUUGAAAAUUGUCCAUGAUGCUGAUGUGCGAGCAGUGAUUGAUAAAACUUUGAGUGACUAUUUUCUGCCAAAUAAUAAGAUUACCGGACCGCGAUAUUCUUAA